CGUCCUGGCAAAUUUCCUGUUGUGUGUUCAAUUACAGAGGGAAACUUUUCCUGUUAGAGUCAAGGUGGCCUGCACAGGUGAGGAGUGGGUCUCCCAAACCCCGCACCCCAUCUCCUACACAGCCCUCGCUCCAACACACACAGGCACCGCCGGCCUGGGUUGAAGGCGCACGGACCUCAGACUGUUUCCUAUACACCUGGAGUCUGGGCAACACGGGAUCCGGGUUGGAUGCAAAACUAAAAGGGUUCCUGUUCUAUUCCCCGGCCCUGCGCUCGCAAUCAUGCCCAGAGCUUUCUUGGUGAAGAGAAAAGAACCUUACUUGGAGAUCCGAGAUUGGAAUGAACUGCCGGACGAAGAGCGAGCUGACACCUACAUACCAGUCAUUCUGAACAGUUUCCCGAGUUACCAAGAAGGGAAGGGCGAGGACGAGGCAGCAGCCGGCACGGUCGGCUUGGACCAGGCGUCAGAGCAGCGCCGCCUCCCUUACAAGACCGAACCACGCCAGGAGAAUGCGGGCGAGCAGGUUGUGAAAUCGGACUUCAGCAGACGCAACGUCUUGCGAACGAAAAUCAAGAUCACCACAGGCGAGUGCAGCCAGUGCGCCUACAGCUGCCAGGUGUGCAGCAAGGGCUUCCGCCUACAGCGCAUGCUCACCCGUCACCUGAAGUGCCACAGCCAGGUGAAACGCCACCUGUGCACGUACUGCGGCAAGGGCUUCAACGACACGUUCGACCUCAAGCGUCACGUCAGGACGCACACAGGUAUCCGGCCCUACAAAUGCAGCCUGUGCCACAAAGCCUUCACACAGAGAUGCUCCCUGGAGUCGCACCUGAAGAAAAUCCAUGGGGUGGCACAGAAGUACAACUACAAGGAGAGGAGGGCAAAGCUCUAUGUCUGUGAAGAGUGUGGUUUCACUGCCAUUAACCAAGAGGAACUCUACCUUCACAUGAAGCAGAACCACCCGGACAACCCCAUGCUGAAAAAGACCUCCAAGAAGAUUGUUGCCUCUUUACAGAGGAAACUGCUGCACAACAGCGACGAUAACAAGGAAUCGGAUUAGGGACGGAGCGGGGGAGGGGUUUAGUGCCUUUACUGGAGCCUGGAUCCACACCAGUGCCAUGGAGAAAGCAAGCACAGCUGAGAUUAUCUCCGUAAACCAACCACCUUGGAACCUGUUUGCCCGGUGGAAUCAGAGAAGACAUUUAGACAGUUUGACAAGUGUGCAAAGAUUAAUGCUCCAUACCCGCAAUCGUGGAUGAAAUCUUUGUCCUCCUGCUCAGCAUCUGAGAGAGGUGGUGGUGCGUGCUGUUUGGCCCAUAUUGACUCAAUCAGAUAUGCGGACAGAUCAUUAACUUGGGGCAAAGUAUUUGACCAUAGUCUUAAGUGUUUCCAGCAAUUGUCAUGGGCUUUAUGCUUUGACGCUUCACCUUGUCUGUCAGCUUCCUGCUUUGUUCUUUUGUUUCUGGUUCUGGGUAGGUUUUGUUCCCUAUUGCUCUCUACAUUAAGUUAUAGACUUGCAAGUUUGGAAAAUAGCACAUAUUUCCAAGGAUAAAAACCAUGAAUUUCCAAAAUUUGGUGCAAAGUAUGUAAAUACGGAGAAUUUUGGAAGUCUAACAACUGAGGAAACGUUUUAUGCAACUUUGUAAAGUAAAUACUUAUUAUAAAGAAAUGGUGUUCAGA